CUCACAACUGGGGAACAUGUCCCACUGAGGUCGGAGUCGUUUGGCACAGGUGUAAUGACCCCUCCCAGACGCUGGGUGUCGCUGGGUGUCGCUCCUCGGCGGACACGCGAUGUUUGAAACCGCAGAAGAAAUGGAGAAGUUUGACGAGGACACGGUCAAGGUGCCGUUCGGGUCGAAGCACGUGGACGCCGCGGUGUGUGUCCCCGGCGCCCCCGAGGGGAAACGCGGCGUCCGCACCGCCGUCGUCCUCACGCACGGAGCCGGCGGGGACAUGAACGCCCCGCACCUGGUGUCCCUGGCGCACGCCCUGGCCUCGAGCGGCUUCCUCUGCCUGCGGUUCACCUGCAAAGGCCCCAACCUGGCUCACAGGGCGAAGGCGUACCGUGCCGUGUGGGACUACAUGAAGUCACUGGAGAGGUUUCACAUCGAGCACAUAUUCAUCGGAGGCAGGUCACUGGGCAGUCGCGCGGCUGCAGCUCUGGCCAGGCAGCUGAGCGAUGGAGCUGAGGGUGCAGUGCAGGGUGUCAUCUGCCUGUCUUUCCCUCUGCAUCCCCCAGGACAGACGCACGCCCAUCGCCAGCGGAGUGAAGUCCUCCGGGCGCUGCCCGAGCACGUGCCCGUGCUGUUCGUGUCAGGCACCGAGGACAACAUGUGUGACAGGGUCCUUUUUGACAGGAUGCUAACAGAGUUGAAAGCUCCAACCGAGGUUUUCUGGCUACAAGGAGGCAGCCAUGGGCUGAAGAGAAGCAUGGCAGGAGGACCGUGGAACAGGGUAAACGUCGCCCGUCCCGGGGCUGUUUCCAGUGUCCGCAUUCGUUUCAGCUCAGCGACAGAUAGAAACGUGGCGGCUCUGCUGGUCAAGAACAACAACGUCCUGAAAUUGAUCCGCAGUGAGAUUCUCCAGACGGAGGUGCGGCUCCUGUACGAGCUGCAGUACGUCCUCAACAACAGCUUCAGGGGAAACAAGACGCUCAAGGGCUUGGAGCGGGUUGAACAGUGUAUCAACAGGCUGAAGGCCAUGAAGCUGGAUGAGGCUCUGGAGGAGCUGACUGAUCUGUGUCCCAACAGGAUUCAAAGAGGAGUCAGCAUCAGGACUGGCGAGUGUGAUGUUCCCAGUCAGCCCACGCUCGAGUGGCUCUGUCUCAAAGUGCUGGGAGCCGCCCAGCUGAUGAGCUGCACGUUGAGUCGCUGCAGCAGAGCUUUCACACUCUCAAAGCAGCAGAUGAAAUGGGACGAGUUUAUUAUCUUGAACAUGGUGAUAACCAGCAUGCUCAGUCGUCUAUGGGUGAUUUUCCGUGGCGUCCUGGUCAGCCUGUCCGCUCUUUACCAGCAGCUCCUGGAGUUCCUCGGAGAAGUGGCUCAGGGCCACCCCAUGCCUUUCCUCACAGACUUCUCCCUGCCGGCGGACAUGGCUCAGCUCCUGGGUCCCUCUCAUGCAGCUUUACUGUCCAAACAAGCAAAGUAUGGCUCCCAUGCCAAAGACCACAAGGGAAAACAACAGCAGCAGCAGCAGCAAAAAUCUUCUGGAGUUGGAGUCACGAAGAGUGGACAGACGAGGAGGGUUAAAGAAGACCUGGGUGUGGCUGUUGAAAGAGCAAUAGUUCAUGACACAGACAUGAAGCCAUUUCUGAAGGCUUUCCGGAACUUAACAGAGGGAACUCACAAGGCUGACGAGAAGCAAACAUUCAAGAAACAAGCGAGAGAAGCGACUUCUUUCACAGACAUGGCAGCACAUCUAGAGGAAAUGAUUGUGUGGUGCAAGUCCCAAAGGAUGGAAAAGGAAAAACGCCUUUUAACUUUCCUGCGAUUGAAGUGCCACAGGAUGGCGUGCCUAGAGGCUGCAGGUUACAAUGUCCGGAGGAAGCUGCAGAGUUUCAGACGGGAACUUCUCUGGGCUGCUUCUCCUCAAGGUUCAGCGCCAAAAACCUGCCGCUCCUCUGCUGCGCUGAGGAGAAAUGCUCGUCCGAGAAGGCUGUUUCAGUCACUCAGGAGUCGAUUUAGGUUUUCAACAGCCAAGACUGGUUUGCAAAAGAAACGCCUGAAGACACAGAGGAGGUGGAUGAGUGAGCUAUCAGAAGACGGACAAAGUACCCAGACCAUACAUGAGGCAACACCUCAGACCAUUGACUUUGACGACCAUGAUGACAUAGAUGAUAUUUUCGCCUCCGUAGGAGUGUGACCCUUUGGAAAUUUGACUGUGUGCAGCUGAGCUCAAAAUACACUGUGUCACAUUGGUUUGGUCAAGAAUAAUAAUUCUAGUCAGGACGUGUUAGAAGAACUGAUGCUUGGUUUAAAGGUGAGAGUCUGGUACAGCAUACAUGACUAACAGACCUCAGUCAGCAAAAAUAGAUUUUUAAUGGUGCUAUUUUCAAAGCAGGAAGUAAAGAGAUUUGAUGUUGCAAUUGUCUUGACAACAGAACAGGGUAUUUUGUACCAUUGCUGUCACAAAACCUUUUAUUAUUGAUCCUGUGUCUUUUUCAGUUCAGUUCAACUUUUGUUGUAUCCAGUUUCUAAUAUGAAAAUAUUUAAAGAUUUAAAUGGAGAAAACAUCUAGUGUUGCCAAUGACCAUUUUGGCUCAGGGCUCAAGUAUAGUACAUUAUAUGUAAUAUCAUACAAUGUGGCCCCGUUUGCAUUAUUUACAAGGACCUCAAUGAUAAUUUAAAGGUGACAUAAUAUGAAAAAAUCACCUUUUCAGUGUUUUGGGUAUCUGUGGUGCCUACAGGCCCAUGAACUGUGAAAAAAAGACCACCCUGUCGUUUUUUUGUGGGCUGGCCAAACCCCAUAGCCUGGCUCUGGACCACUGUGAUGUCACAGUUGGCCAAUCACAGCAGACUGGGGUUUAUUGUGAGGUGGGGGUUAGAAUUACGAACUUGAAUAUGAGCUUAAUAUUUCACCUUUAAACAAUUAAAGAACGUUUGAAAUGAGGGAGGAAUGAGAAGGUUUGCAUGUUAAGAUGAAAUUAGCAAUGCUCCUUUAGACCAAAGCUGUAGAUUUGUGGUACUGAACGCUAAAUGUGGCUUUAGCGUCUUUCACGCACUCACUUCUGCUGGUUAUACAGCACACUCACACACGCACAGUGAAAUACAUUUAGUACAACUGUUGAAUUAACUUGUUCUGUCCAGUUAAGAUUUCAUUGUGAUAGCAUAUAUGCUUUGUUCUGCACAGGGAAAUAAAAUGAGCCAAGUUUAAGUUGUAGAUGAGACGGAUAAACUCAGAUGUCUAAGAAGGGUUUUUGGGUGACACCAGCUGAGGACAUGGAGCCUCUCGUCAAGGCUGUAGUUGUAUUUCUGACUCCACCUGGUGGAGAUGACAAUAAAUGACUAAAUCAAUGAUAA